UUGCUCCUCUGUGCUCUGGCCUCUACACUUUGGAUAGCUGCCGCCGAAGUUUUGUGCAAUGGCGACGAAACCGACGUUUCAGCUGUUUUCUUCUUCUCAAGGUUCUGGUCUAGGUUUAGGGUUCCUUGAUUCAUCAGAGCCAGCUCUUCCUCCACCUCCUCCUCCUGUUGAAGUAUUAUCCUUCGAGGUGUCUUCCUCCACUGAUUUCGAAGUGGAUAAAUUGACUAUCGGCGAGAUCACUCUUUUGAAGGGUCGUGUGAGCACUAAAGAGGUUUUUGGAUUGCCUAAUUCAGAUUUGGUUCCUGGAGUCUAUGAAGGCGGGCUUAAGCUUUGGGAAGGAUCGAUUGAUCUUGUUAAAGCUCUUGAGAAAGAAUCACAAACCGGAAACUUAUCAUUUUCCGGAAAGCGGGUUCUCGAGCUUGGAUGUGGUCAUGCACUUCCAGGAAUCUAUGCGUGUCUCAAGGGUUCAGAUGCUGUUCAUUUCCAGGACUUCAAUGCUGAGGUUCUUCGAUGUCUCACCAUUCCGAAUCUGAAUGCUAAUCUGUCUGAGAAGUCUUCCUCUGUCUCAGUAAGUGAAACAGAAGUACGCUUCUUUGCUGGUGAGUGGAGUGAAGUUCAUCAGGUUCUUCCACUAGUUAAUAGUGAUGGUGAGACUAAUAAGAAGGGUGGUUAUGACAUCAUUCUAAUGGCUGAGACGAUAUAUUCCAUCUCCGCUCAGAAAAGUCAAUAUGAAUUGAUUAAAAGGUGUCUGGCGUAUCCUGAUGGAGCAGUGUAUAUGGCUGCAAAGAAGUACUAUUUCGGGGUCGGUGGAGGGACAAGGCAAUUCUUGUCUAUGAUAGAGAAAGACGGUGCUCUUGCUUCAACGUUGGUGUCUCAAGUCACAGAUGGUUCCUCAAAUGUCAGAGAGGUAUGGAAGCUUUCGUACAAGUAAGUCGAAGCUAUACUGGAAUUCAGUGUCCAACGAUCUGAUUUUAGUGGAUUUGGGUUGCUCAUAAAAAUGAGUGGAAAUUCAAAAUCUCUCAUCCAUGUGUUUAGCUUAUAGACUCUCCUGACUGUGUUAUAAUAAUUGCUUAGUUUUUCAUUUUGGUACAUUUUCUGGCUUAACGAAAGGCUUAUGUGAUCUGCCGUUGAUUCUCACCGGACCAAAGUUCCAAACUAAGCUUUAGUUGGAGUCGCAGUUUAUAUAUUGUAAAUCUCUCACAUGAUUAGUUAUGCUUUUGAGAAUAAAUCCACCAGCUCGACCUGUCUUGUAAAAAGGUUGUCCUAUUUAAGUCAAUACCAUAGUUGCCUUUUAAUCAGUUAGUGCAGCCCAUACUAGGCUUACAUGGUAAUGAUUUGAUGAUUAUGUUUUGGUCUCCAAUUAAUUUGAGAUAAGAGGCGUAGCAGUUGGCCUCGACAGGGUCAAAAAGUCAAAAAUUUCCGACAUUAGAAGGUAUAUCUUUUUCUUUUUUAAAUCUAGCAAAUGAAACCCCAAACUCAAAGAGUGUACAGAUAUUCAAAAGAGAUUAUACUUGAAACCAAAACAAUUCAAAUUCACCAACAAAAUAAAGAACAUAGGUGUUUUACAACAUAAAGAUUCAUGAUGGUGAAUGGUCAAGAGUCACGGCCGCAUCGGUAAUGCUUAGAGCAGCCUCUACUAUAAGGGUUAGACGGUGGAGGAAGACAUUGAGUUGAGUAAGACUCGCCUCGUUUACCACCAUCGCAAGCAGGCUGAUUCCUCCUCAAAGCUCCAUACGAAAGCUUAUGUGCCUGCUCCUCCGUCAACCUCUGGCUUGACCAAGACUCCAUUAUCACACUCAUUUCCUCUGUCUCCACCAUGCUGCUGCACUCCGCCACAGAUCCAUUGCACAGAGAUGAUGAUGAUGCCUUGGAGGUGACGUGUGCUAGUAGAAGGCAGAGAAAGAAGAUGGUGAUGGUGGAGAAUAUCCUAGAGGGUUUUAUCUCCAUUUUGUAAGUGUCUUAAAGAGAGAAGAAGAGAGUGAAUUGUGAAGACGAAUCUUUGGUUAUAUAAUAAUAAAUAAGCAUGGAAUGCCACAUUGAGACGAUUUCCUCAUUGUAAAGACAAAGCUUAGUGGGAGCAGCACUAGAAGGGACCGCACUUCACCUAACACACUGCUUUACUUAAUAGAGUACGUGUGUAUAUUUAUGUCCGACCACUCUAUGUUAAUGUAAAACUACUUAUACA